AUGUCCCAGCCAAACCUCCUCCGCCCGCCCCCACACCACCGCCCUGCAACACAAUCACACUCACAACCUUCGUCCGGAUCCUCCACACCCAAACCCGCCUUACCACCCAUAACAGCCAGCUCCAGCGCAACAAUCGCAGAAUCUGCUCUCUUCCAGGGCACAUACCCGGUCACAAUCGGCCGCGGCACAAUCAUCCACCCGCGCGCGCGAAUCUACAGCUUUGCUGGGCCAGUCGUUAUCGGGAAUGAGUGUAUUAUUAGUGAGAAGUGUGUUAUUGGGACUAUUCCGGGGAUGGGGACGGUUGUUUCGACGAUGACGACGGGGGAUAGGAAUAAAGAGAACCAACGAGUGGGGCAGACAGGAGGAGGAGGAGGAGGAGGAGAAGACGGCGCGAUCCAGAUCUCAUCGAGCGUUACGAUCGGACCCAUGGCGAGCAUUGCGGCGGGUGUGACGAUUCAUUCGGGGGUUGUUGUUGAGACGGCGGCGGUUCUCAAUGCCGGUGUGGAUAUUGGUGCGCAUUCGAAGAUCUGUGCGCGGGCUGAGGUCUCGGCUGGGGCGAGGAUCCGCGAGUGGACUGUUGUUUGGGGUGCUGGGAAGGGGGUUGGCCUGCGCAGGAGGGUGAGGGUCCAAGGAGCGAAAGUGAAUCCGAUUGUGCAGAGCCUGAAUGGUGACAAUGCGGCUACUGGUGGUGGUAGUGGUGAUAAGGGUGAGGGAGGGGGGCUUUUGGAGGGAAGGAUUAUUGAGGAUGCGAGGCUGUUGGGGAUGAGAAGGGAGAGGGAGGCGCUGGCGAGGUUCAUCGCGGGAUCUAAGGGGAGGAGGUGA